UAUAUAUAUAACAGGAUAGACAAAUGUGAUGCUUAAAAACACUGAGCACAAUCAGUUCUCACGGCCAGCCUUAAUAUCUUUCACAUUGGCAAAAAUAUCUGGAGAAUAAAACGUCUCGCCACUCUCUCGUUGUCGGAGACCCAUCCCCGGUUCUCUGAAAUACCCCAUAGACCAUCUGACCCAAUUGGGAUCCAGUCCAUGAAUUUGUCAUUACAGCCUCCCGAAUGGUCCACUGUCUGGGUCAUGAUUGCCUGCUGUCUGCAUGCGCCCAGCCCCGAGCGGGAGAGGAGCAUCUUUUACUUUUGACGAGCGGAGAAAAGCUCUGCACCUUUUGAAUAGUGUGUCUGCUGCUAAAUAGGGACGAACACGCAAGAAAGACUUCCACACUGUCAGACAGGCUGCAUUUGCUGGUGUAAUGGGAACACUUCGGGACCUCCAAUUUGCCUUGCAGUUAAAGAUUGAGGAGCUCCGGCAGAGGGACACACUCAUAGAUGAGUUAGAGUCAGAGUUGGAUACAAAGGAUGAACUCAUUCGGAGACUGCAGGAAGAACUGGAUCGCCACAAAGCCACCGUCUCCCUCCCAGGAUCCUCUGCAGCCAGCGCAGCAGCUUGCUCAGCCCAAAGUGAGGACUUGCAUCCAGCCAAUAGAAAAACUGUUAUUUCUGAGCCCUUCACUCUGGACCCAGUGACUCUCACCAUGGUUUCACACAAAAGCUAUGAGAAGAGCAAAGACUCAAACGGACAGCAAGCUGGGAGUUAUUGACCGCAGGAGUCAGUCCCAGACUAUUCUCAGGGAGAGUGGUCUCAAGCGCCCUCCUCAUUCAAUGGAGCUGCUUACCAGCAUCCCCUUCCUCCAGUCUCUGCCCGACCAUGUCAUCAUGAAAGCGUCUGCUCUCAUGAAGCAGACACGCUACACUGGAGGUGACGACAUCCUUCGACAAGGAGCCACAGGAGACAAGUUUUACAUCCUAAGCAAAGGCCAGGUGAAAGUGACAGAGAGGAAGCCAGGCCACGCACAGCAGAUUGUUCUCUGUGAGCUCUCUGAGAGACAGCGGUUUGGAGAGGAAGCUCUUUCGGGGGCCUUCAGGGACGUCAUUGAUGGAUUGGUAUUUGACAGCAGUCGUGAGGUGCGGCAUCGCCCCGAAUCCAAAAUCGAGUCUGAAAAGGAUGCUGAUCUCUUCUCAUCUCCCACCAUAAGUGAUUUCCAGAUUAUUUGCACUGUCGCCGUUGGGGAGUUUGGUCACGUAGACCUGGUGCAAGUAAAGAGCAACAUCAAGUGUCUUUAUGCCACGAGGGUCCUUAAGAACAAGCUGAUCCUCAGCAACAUCCAACAACAGCACAUCCUGAGAGAAGAGCGCACCCUAACGGAGGCUCAUUGUCCAUUCAUAGCCAGGUGUCUGUUAUUCAACAGUUAUCGAUAUAGGAUUGUUUUGAUUGCAUUAUGAUCAUUUACAUACUUGUAUUUUUGCAUUGAUUGCAGGCUGCAUAAAGUCUUUAGAGAAUUUUGACAGAGGAAUGUCUUGGUGGGGAUUUAUAUAGUCUAAAGUUAAGUAAGUGUUUAUAUUGAUAAAAUAUUCAUAGUCCUGUCGUUUUCAUCACAAUGCAAUAUGAAGACUGGACAAGAUUUGAUGUGUUACGUCUUCCUACUUUACAUGUUUUGUUUGCUAUGUGCUUAAAGCAGUGCUUCUGCAUACCGCUCUGCUUUAGGGGAUGUCUGGACGAAUGCAGCACCAGACUGUACACAGCUUGUGUUGUUGAGGCCUUGACCUUUCUUCACUGUCAAGGUGUCAUCUAUGGAGAUGUCAAGUCUGAAAAUGUUGUUCUCAAUGAUGUUGUGGAAGAUUAUAACCUUGUUCGUUCAAUGAAACAUUUUGAAGAGUUACAUACAUUUUUCCCAUUACACUGAGCACCAUUAUGCAAAACUGGCACUGCAAUUGGCUGCAAACUUAAAUUCUGAUUUUCAGUAUGAAAUCACAGUACUAUUGGUUUUACUUUAAGUUAACUCAUAGGCACAUUUCCACACCUGAAAUCCUUUUGAACAAAGGCCAUAGUGGAUCAGCGGACUUCUGGUCACUUGGUGUUUUCAUGUCUGAGUGGUUGCCCAGUUUUCUGCAGGACUUUUUGUUAAGCUCAUUUUUCCAGCAGUAUAUUGAAGAAUACAGGUUCUUGGUUACCUCUGCAGGCUCCUAUUCAUCGACAAUGACCCAAUAAAGAUUUUCACUGCAACCAUUCGUGGGAUCGAUCAGAUCGACUUUCCCAAAAACCUCAUUGAAAGUGCCCCCAGUCUAUUCGAGAAACUGGGAAGGUGUUGUAAAUGUUCCCUACUAGACACCAUGAGUUAUAAUGUGAAAAGCUAUUGACAGUCAUUUUAUAGUGCUCUUUCUGACAAAUACUGAAAACGUCUUCCAUUUCACCAUUGUGUAUGUUACAGGGCUUUUUUAUUUUCCAAACAAACAAUCUAAGCAACAUCACAGGUGUGUUGAGGCGACCUGCGGUGUAACAUCCCCUCUCAAUCUGAGAAGUCAUUCAUGCAUUUUUAUUUGUGUGUUCUUGUUUGCUCUCCAUUGCCAGGGACCAACCCCUCAGAGAAACUGGGUUAGAGAAAUGGGGCCAAGGACAUGCAGAAGCACAAGUAAGACGAGAGAUUCAGUAGAUUGGAGAAAAUGACAGAGGCCACUGCUUGGAAACGUGGUUUUAUAGGGUGUGAUACUCCGUUUUGUACACGGACGGUCUGAAGGAUUAAACUGGGAUGAACUCUGUAAAGGCACAUUAAACCCUCCAGUUAUUCCCAAAGUAAGACACGUUCAGGUUGACUUAUUGCCGUUGUUGCAGUGAGUAGAUCUGUUUUAUUAUUUUUAUAUUGCCUUGGGGGUUAAGGGUUCUUUGGUCAGUCGUGCCUGGAGGGCUCAAUGGAGCUGAGCACAAACUGGGAGGAUUUCUGAUGACUGGAAAAAGUCCAUACUUCAUCUUUUUCAGGUUCAGUCCUCAUAAAUGAUUUAUUUCCAUCAAGAAUUCAUUGUAUUUUUAGACAAAAUCAUUUUAACUAUCAGUAUCUGCAGAUUGUGUUUGAUGAAUUAAUGAUGCUGCCUGUUGUGUUUAGCUCUGACAUUUAUGUACAACUAGUACAUAUUUUUAAAUAUAUAAGUUCAGUGAUGCCACUGCUGUUGAAUGGAGGCCUAAUAAACAAACAGGCCGUAACAAACUGCUUUUGCUUUAUUUUAUAUCUGCAAUCUAACUGUGAGUUUCUCUUUUCGUGUGCAAGUCUGUUAUUAUUUGAUCUCCCCAAGAUGCCUGAAUGCAAUUAAGAAGUGACGUCAGAGCCGGCGGAGACGUGUCAAAGCUACAGAAAACUAAAACAGAUGAAUACCAGAAGCUGCAGGAUUUGAACUUCAAAAUAAAGUAUAUUCAGUCAGAAGUGA